GUGGAAGAGGAGGAAGGGCCAUCCUCCACCUGUUUGUGCUUGGAAAAGCGGAAAAGUUACCUACACCGUUCGGGAGCCGGAGCUUUUCCGGGGGCGUACGGGCGGUGGAUGCCGGGUUUGAACAGGCGGGCGGUGGAUGCGGGUCGUGCUGAGUAGUAGCAUUCCCCGGAUGUUUUGUGACGUCGACGUAGCAUACAUAUAGGGGUAUAACGGCGACGUCGACGUCGACGAUGGCAGCAGCGAUGCGAUGGUGGAUCCGACGCCAGCCGAGAUGCGAGAGCGGCUUCUUGACGGUGGUCCUGACUCCUGAAUGAAAAUCGGGGCGCCUGCGCAGUUCUGCGAGUCGACGACGAGGGGGCAUCCUGACGCGAACGUGACGAGCGUGGUCGUCGUUUCGUCGGCGAGUGGAAAGGAGAGAAUGAGAAGAGAGCUACAGACCGAAAGCUCGCGGGUGCAUCCUUGGAAGGCUUUUUGGGGAAGGAUUUCUUGGGGUGAGGGGUGGUUCUGAGGAGAGGGAAGGGACGGUGCACGACUAGGACCUAGGAAAAAGUGGCUCACCGUUGGCGUUCGCUCAUUCGCGUUUCAUCCCUUGACGAGGCAGUUAGUGUGUUGUACACGGUUCCCGAACGCGCGUCAUGGCCAAAGCGGCCUCCCAGGGUGGUCCAACUUGCCCCCUUAUCAUCAUCAUCACCAGCAACAGCAGAAGCAGCAGCACCAAUAAUAACAACUACCAACUGCAACAACAACAAUAGCAACAGCUACCAGAACGGAGCCGAGUUGUGCGGAGUGUUAGAAGAACAGGACGGUUCAACCGUAGCAGGCGUUCGACUAAUCCGUGUUCCGAACGGUGAUUAGGUCAGUUCUUAAGUGGUUCUGAAUCGUGAAUCCUUCUUGCUCGGUGGAUAUUAAGCAAGUGUGUUAACCGAAGAAGUGCUUGUUUUCUGGAUACCCAAGUACCAAAGUCGAAAAACAGUUCCCUGAGUUCUACAAAAACGGAUUAAACUGAAGAAGAUUCAAGUGUGUGCAAACUGUAGCGACUAGGAAUGAAAUUCUAGCUUACAGGAUAUUUCCUUAUAUCCACACAUCCGCAUACAGCGGCAUACGUGAAGCGAACCCCCCGGAGAGAACGAGAGAUACCCAGAGUCUAUUUUUAUACACUGACAAGUCCAGCGUUCGGUUCUGUCUGUCGGAAGCAUCCGCUCCGAAGGAAGAAGAUUUACGAAGUACGGCAAAAGAAGAGCUUACAAGUGUAAAACGGCAAGAGUCGCGAAAGAGGUGAAAUCAAGUGAAAACUGUGUGCGUGUGUGCUUCGGCGAAGAGAUUGUGAUAUCGGUGGGUUAAACACACAAGUGCUUCUCGGGAUCGAUCCGGAUACGUCCGUGUCGCCUCCAGUAGUCGGAGGAGUCGGAAAAUCACUGAAAACCCCGGCGCGUUCGCGACCCGUAUUCCUCCCCACAUUCCACGGCUCUCGGUUCUCCGGUUCUCGCAAAGGUGAAAAAGCAAACGGCGACAGGAUAACAACUUCCACAAUCGAUAUCGGAAAAGGACAGUGCGCGCUGUGGAUUCAUAACGGAUGUGCUAAAAAUAGACUGACAAAGCGGAGUGUACGAUUGCAUACCAGCCGUUGUGAGAGUGUGUCGAACAGCCGCCAGGCGGAAACGGACAAUCGUAGGAAAGUGUAAUAAGUAAAAACACAUCCAAGCAGGCCGACCGCAACGCGGCCAGGCAGGUGAAAAUUUUUCCGAACAAAGACGGCGGUGAAAAUACCAAACAGGCGAGAAUCGAAGUUGGCUUUGAACCUGUUGAUUAUUAACUUGUUACGUGUGCGUGAGUGCGGUUCGCCUGUUUCGCCGCUUGGGAGCGCACACGCAAGGUCACCCGUGUACGUGUGACUGCCUGUCACUGCUCCCUACCACUCGCUCUCCCCAUCACGCUCCACAUUCCUCCGUGUCUUUCACUCUCCUCACCCUCUUUAAUCACCCUCAAUCCCCCAAAAAAGUUCACAACUCCUCACCAGUUGUGAUUGACUCGUAAUCCACUGUACAUAGUCCUUCCGGAACCACAAACUCCUAAGCCAUGUUCCGUCGCCAAAUCCUGCCGAUCCUGGCGUACAUGAGCGUGCUCUCCAGCACCUACUCUCUACACAUGGCCCGCGAUGCUUACAUAAAAGCGCCACCCCCUCCUCCGGCCGCAGCAGCCCAGCUCCUAGAAGAACUGGACGACAUGUCCGAGCUGUUAGCGGAAAACAGUAUCCCCGCGGGGCCACCGCCUCCCAUUCUGGUGCUGCCUCACAUGAAGCAGCCCUCGUUAUCCUCGACACCCUCCCACCACCAGCAGCACCAACACCAUCACCAACAACAGGUGCUGCUCCCGGCGCCCCAGCAAUCCGCCCCAGAAAGGUCGCCCCACGGCGUCGGGGUCGUAAUCAAUCAUCUAACCAGUAACGAACUGCCCGAACUGAGUCCACCGGUGCCGGUGCGCCAUCCGGUCGGACCCCUAGUUCAACCCCGCGGCCUACAGGAACUGUUCGGGGUGCAAAACAACUACGACCUGCGCAACACCCGACAACCGGCACCGAACCCCAACAACGGCGACAUCAACAGCAACAACGAUCUGAACAACAGCGACGAAGAUCAGCAGCAGCAGCAGCGAAACCCGAACAACAACAAACGAUCAUCGCAUAGUAAUAGCAAUGGCGGAGGCGGAGGAGGAGGUGGACGGGGAGGAAGUUCUAUGGAGGCCACCGGGGGUGGCGGAGGAGGAUCCAUGGACAGUAGUAACAGCGGUAGUGGUGGAAGCAGUAGUGACGGAAGCGGCAAUAUGCCGACCAUUCCGCAUGAUAUGGCGAGCCAGCUGAUGCUGCGCAGUGCACGAGGUCAGCGGCAGUACGACGUCCCGCAGAUCGAAUGUCCGCCCGCGAUGGACGGCAUGGAGCGGUUUGCCUGUCCGACGCCCGACCGGCAAGGCCGGUAUCGGUGUAUAGACGACCACGUGCUCUGCGACGGGUUCAUCGACUGUCCGGAGGGCGAGGACGAGGACCGGCAGGCGUGUAUGUUCUACAAAACGACGAAAGCCCAUCUGGACGUGCUAGCCGACGCUUUACUCAGAUGGGCAAGAGGACGUUAAGGCGGCGUCGACCCGAAGAGCGUACCAGCACACACACACAAGCAGCGAUCGAACAGACGACACACCCACACACACCUACCGACACGAAACCAAAACCAAUACCAAAGCAGUGACAACCGUUAAUUAUAGAGAAAAAAAAAACACAAAACCAAAGGAAGUGAUCUAUUUUUAAGAUGGAACCGUGGACGAAUCCUGAAGUGUCUCUGUUGCAGAGCAAUGACAACAGCGACGGUGACCCGAACGAGACGACAACGGCUGUAAAUAGGACCAGCGACCGAGACGAAGCGACAACUCACCACAAAUUCUACUGAUUAAAAUACUGAAAAAUCCAAAGAAGGUAUAUAUAUAUACAUAGAUAUAUAUUUGUUAAGGACAACACUCUUCAAGCAGGCAGCUGAUGCAGACUGUUACGUGUGUACGAUGUUGUAUAGGGGAGGCGGAGACGUAUGUAUAGGCAGACUCAGAGUGGGAGAGUGCGUAACACAACUGAUUAGUAACAGAGAUCGUCGGCCCGUUAAAGCUGACCGUUAAACGAUAACCCCCGAGGGCGACGAUGAAGAAACAAAAAAAAAACGAACGGCGCAAAAAGUGUAAAACACUUGAACAAAACCAAACACUGUAAGUACAUCAAAACAAUGGUAGAUAUGUAUGUGUGCGUGUAUAAAACAAAACACAAACCGAGCAGCAGCAAACAAUUCUUAAAGCAGUACCAGCAUAAAGUGCAAUUCCGUGAUAUUGGUUGAGAUUAUGUUUUUCGUUAGUUUUAGAAUAUGAAGAAACUCGACAUUAUUAUCAGUCACAAGGAUACCUACACUCUGGAAGAAAGGAGGCUAAUAAGUAGCACUACUCGCCAGGCGAAGAAACACGAAACGAUCAAAAACGAUAUUUCCAAUAACUGUGAAGUUGAAAGAGCCCCUCAUACCUAGCUCAGAUCAAAAUUUAGACUUUAAUUGCAAGAUUUUUCCGAAUUUGUGAAUAGGAGUUUUGGAUUUUUGUUUGAGUUUCGUUUCAUUGAUAACGCGAACUGAAGUCUAUCGAGGCAACUUGUAUAAAGUAAACCAACAAAUCUACAAACAUCCAAGAUCGUUAUAAAGUUAAUGGAAUUAAGUCAAAGACAAACCAAAAAAAAAUCUUGCAGAAAACUAUUCUCAUGGACAAGGCAGCUAUAUUGUAUAGAUAAGUCACAAUUUUAACAAAGUAAAUGAAUCCAACCUUAGUGAACUCUCAAAACAACAAAAGCUAUUUCACAUUUAAGGGAUAAGUGACACACUAACAUCAACACGCCAACAAAAUCACACAAUACACACAAACUGAGAAAAAGACACCUACAAUACCUACAAUAACAGCCAAUAGCACUUUGUUAUAUCAAUCUUCAAAUAGUAACAUCAAAGCAAGCCGUAUUUUAGUACGGAUGAGCAGCUAUCGUGUAACAUUCCAACUAUACAAACACACACAUACACACUAACGUCAUCAAAAGGAAGAAUACUAGGCAUAAGCACGAACAAACGAACGCAAGGGGCCCAACAAUGCCAACACAAAACACAAGACACCCUUCACACAGAAACAACACGUCAAAACAUAACCACACUUGCCAAAAUCCAAUCAACGCGGGCCCCUCGACAGCAAGCUGAAUACAAGGAGAACUAAUGAAAUGAAUAUAUAUGAUAUAAAAAAUACAAGAAGUCCGCGAAGAUCUUAUUUUAGUCAAAAUUUUAGUUACUAAUUAAACAAGGGGAGACAAAUUCUGUUCCAACGUGACAGGUCGUUUUUGUACAUAGGGAAAAUACAGCAGAAAAAAAAACUAAAACGUACUAAGACAAGCUACAUAUACAAACAAACAAAAACAAUAAAAGCACCCUCCAGCACCACAGACGCACUCGUGUAAAAAGAUUUUUAAGAAUGCACAUUUACAACUGCACCAUUAGAAUACACUCACACACAAACACCCCAGACGGAAGAAGCAACACAAAAGCACCUUCACACAGGCUCGUUGACAGAUAAACGAUAAAAAAACGAUGAUAACCAAAACGAGAAAUCUCUAUGUUUUUCAACUUUAAAUUUCGCGCACACACUCAAAAAAAAAAACUCACACACACAAACUCGCGUGUUUUGCUCUUCCGUUCCGAGAUUGUGUUUACUAUUCACCGAACAAGUUCGUGUCUUUCAAAUCAGAGCCUACUAAAAAAAAAGCGUGCCCGCGAGGGAAAAGGGGAACGCGCGUAUCGAUAACUCUUAAAUAACUGUUACAAAACAUGCGCGCUAGCGAAACAAAUCGUGAUACACCCGCCACGAGUUAGAGGGGGGAGGGAAACGAUGAAAGGGGGGAGGGGACCUAAUCAAAUCGAGUGUACGGAAUGAAGAGAGAGAUGGAUGGAGUGAAUGAGAGCGUAAGAGAGGCUGUUAAGGGGUGAGGCACUGUUAAGAUCCGGAUGGAAGCUUGAGGGGUGGAAAGCGAAACGAACGAACGCGGAAAUACAUGUGACUGAAUACUAGAAGAUAUUAGAAUCAAGUGGUUAAUGUUACUAGGGCAUGUAAAAAGAAAAAAAUGUUAAUUAUUCGUGGAAGUUAACACUCACACACACACACACACACACACACAACUUAACACACAAACUCUGUGAGGUAAAGGCAAGUGAACUGUAUAAGGUAAGGGAAAAAUUUGUUUUACAUUGUUUUAGUUUGAUGUUUCCGUGCUGCAGAAAAGGGUUCAAUUGGUGUACAGUAACCAGCUCUUACCAGGUCAAAACAAACAGCUGUCAAAAUGCAUUGUUUCAGGACUACACUCAUACACACGUACACAGUGUAGUCAGGUAAAUCGUAUUGGUUGUGCAUAGCAGUUCUCGAUUAGUUUCUUGUAAAAAUGAAGAAAUGAAACUCAAACCUAACGAACAGAACAGUCACACAAACAUGCAAACAAUUAAGGCAACAUGUCAAAAGUAUUUAAAUUCAAUUAAAGAAAAAGUCAAACAAAUCCAAGCCAACACGUGAAAAAUAUAAAUGUCUAUUUGCACAAUAUAACUUUACCUGGGAAAAAAGAAAAUACAAAUUUUACAUCACUUUAAAACCAGAAACCAUUGUUAUGAUCACAAAAACACCUCAGAAAACAAUCUCUCUUUAAAACAAGAAAUUAGAUCUCGGAAAACAAUGUCAGUGUGUUAAUUUAUACUUAAGAAGAGACAAGCCAUUGAUCUUGACGUUUUCAAACUCGACUACUUUUUCGUCUGAAGCGUGUUUACAAACAAAACGAAAACAGAAACAGAAGAGCAGAAGAUUCCAUUCCAAGAGACACACGUUGUAAGCGUCCAAAGUGCAAGAUUUAUUUGAAUACCCACCUUUAGGUUAAUUUUUAUCCGCUACUUAAAGUUAACAUGAACUGAAAACGGGAACUCCAGGAAGGAUCCCGAGCAAAUGAACGGAAAACGACAAAAACCAAAAACAAUCACUCGCAUCAAACGUCAUCGUUUGACGUUUGUACUGCGAUUGUCGAAGAACGCGAUUCGCCGCGAAUCAACCGCCCUGUGACAGGCGACUGGCGUUAAUCUGCAAAGCCCAAACCAUGAACUCCACGGAAGCAAAACACUCUCAUCCAUUUUACCUUUCACUUACUUUCAGCUGUCAGUUUUCAUUUGAUGGAUUUUGUUUUCGAUUCAGCAUUCAUAUUUCUAUCACAGACAAACAGGCGUAACACCUUGAACGAUUUUCAUGGAAAUCCAUCGCCCAGUUCACACUACCAUCACCUGGUGGAAAAGUAGCAAGAAUCACUGUGUUAUGCAAUAUCGUCAACAGAAGGCGCUAGUGUGAAACGUCAAACGCAAAGAAAAACGUUGCGCGCGCCUCUGAUUGUGAAAGCCACAACUAUGAAAAUUUUAAAUGAUCGCGGUCGAUGGAAAUUUUGCUAGUGUUACGUCUGUUUGUCUGUGUUUCUAUUCUGAGUUUUGUGUUUCGUUUUCUGGCCGAUAAGAUUUAUCAAAACAUCUGUCAAAGAGACUUGAAAAGCUUUCACGGUUCCAUUGGGCUGGCAACACUGGCAGCCGUUUCUUUCUCACAGAGAUGCCCCUUUUGAAGUUCAACUGUUGCUCGCCCAAUUACGAAGUUCUAACCACCAACAGGUAGGCAGCGUCAGUUCGCUGCCACAUGUUAAAGCCGUAACUUGUAAUUCCAAAAGUUUUCCCAUACGGUAGCUAAUUUGCUUCCAUCAUGCAAAGUGAAAUUGAAAGUUUAUUUAUAGCGCUGCCCGAAGCGCCAUUCAUCAGGCCAUCGUAAUCGGUACGAUACGAAUCUCCAGUGUGAUUUUUACCCAUUGCAACAAAAACGUCCAACUAAAGAAGGUCAUGAAACUGACGUGUCCAUCGUCGUCAGAUGCUUGUUAUUGUUACAGUGAUCCCAGAUUCUCAGAUUUUGCCAUCACUAUGGAUAUUGUCAUCACCUUCCAUCAACAGACCCACUUUCCAAGAAGUUUUCAACCAUCACUGGCCCUCGAAAUGUUUCCAGCGCAAGUUUCAAGUUUUUCAUCCGAAGAAGAAGCAAACGAAUCCAACCAACAAUAACAACCUCCGAACGAAAAUGGGGCCACUCGCAGCAAGUUCAUCGCAGCAAGCCGUGCUGCGGUGACGUCAAAGGUUGAAGAGGUUAGGCCGGCCGUCCACAUGGCCUGCUUGCUUUCUUGCUGUCGUUUGUUCUUGUCUCUUGGUUUGACCUUGCCAUUUGCCAUGCUGGCUUGCAACUACGGCUACGGCUGGCUGUUGUUGUGGAGGAAUCCGUCGAGAUUUUCUCUUCUCUUGUUGACGUGUGCUUCGGUGCCCCCGCAGGCCAGGGGUGGUUUUAUGACGACGACGAUGAUGAUGAUGAUGAUGAUGCCUUGGUUACUCUGUCGGUUCGGUACGUGGUGUAGAGGACAGAGGCCUUUUUGUUUGAUGUGUGCCACUCGGCGGGAUUUGUUGCCGAUCAAGGACAAUGGUUUUCAAUUUUUAUAACCCAAUUUGUGAGGAGCUCUCUAAAUGGGACUGCUCAAUUUUACGUGAUUUGGAGGGAAAUUCAAUCAGGAUAUCGGAAAUGUAAUUGCAUUAUUUUGCCGACAUUCACACAACCGAGCCCUCAGUAAUUGAAUUUGAACUGAUAGGGUAUAAAUUCACUACGUUAUAUGCGCUAAUUUCCGUCAUAUCAGAUAUUCCAACUUACCUUUGCCAAUGACUCAUUGGAUGUAAGCAAAAAAUGUAGAUUUUCAAUAACCAGCACUGGAAAUCGAAUAACCAGGCAAAAUUUCGCGUUUCACUCGUUUUGUGUAUGACGAAGGCAAUCCCAUCAAAGCAGCAGCUAGCCGAAUUGUACUUCAUCACCGUUCAUUUUUUUUUAAUACACCAGAUUUCCUUAUUGGGUCGGUUCACAUCCCAGCCACGAAAGCUCUGUGGCAACUUCUAAGUUGGAAUUCAGUGCUGCUGAAUGCAGAAAAAGUUGCUCAAUUAUCAAAACAAAUUGCUUUUCCUUGCCGGUAAAUUGUAAACAAACAGUUGUCUUCGUUCUUGGACAGAUGCAUACGAAUUUUCUGCAUAUGAAACACAACCACCGAAAAAUAUUUCUUCGUUGCACUGUGAUGGCGUUUUAUGAUCUGUAGGGCAAAAAUAUUUUCCGGAAUAUUUUGGUCGUUAUUCUGAGCCUACAUUCAUCUCAUUAGAUGUACUGUGAACACAUGCUUUGAUUUGGAUUGCGAAGAAUUUGACCGACUUGUCGAAUACACAAUUACGGUUUAAUCAUAACAUUAGUCCAUUCUAUGUACCCUAGUGUCACGUACAAGAUGUGACGGGAAUUGAAUUCAUUCUCUGCCCGAAAUAGAUGUGAACCAGACGGAAAUAGAAUUCGUGGGUCAACUAUUCAAUCUUAUUAUUUUUGGAAUAGGUUUGGCCUUUCUCGUACAGCAAAGUGCACUUGAAGGCUAUAUGUUCACUGAAAAAAUUAAUUUUCGAACAAAUUCUCGGAGGGUCAAGUUACAUAUACCAAUCGACUCAGUUUGACGAAUUGAGAUAAUGUCUGUGUGUGUGUAUGUGUGUAUGUCUGUGCGCAAAAAAAGUUCACUCACUUUUGAGGCACUUCCCAUGGGCUUAUUUUUCGAUUUUUUGCACGAAUCGAACCGGAAUUUUACCGCAUUGUUGGCUAAUAAAAAUGGUCCAGAUCGGUCACGGCGUUUCGGAGUUAUGGCCAUUUUAGUGAUCCGGACCAACACUGGCGGAACUGGUCAUAUAUAGAACUGAAUCAAGCCCUAUCAUGCGACACAUCAAACUGUGCAAAUUUUUGUAACCUUUGCGGUGACGAAUUUUGUGCGGAAAUUAACACUGGAGGCCAGAAACUCCACGAUGUCAGCUCAAAAUUCAAGAUGGCUGCUCAAAACUCAAGAUGGCGGCUGUUUAUUGAAGUUUUAGGCUCUAAAACCAUGUAAUAUCUGUAAUAUGAGUAUAUUUGAUAUUUGGUAUGGGGAAGACGUCUGGAGUCUAAAAAUAGUCCUCAGAAUAAUCAAGAUGGCGGUCCAAAAUGGCGACUGUUCAAUGGAGUUUUAGGAUCUAAACGAUUCAAUAUGGGUAUGUUUAGUAUGGAUGAGAUGUUUGGAGUCUGAAAACGCCGACCAAAAUAUUCAAGACAGUGGCCCAAAACUCAAGAUGGCGGCUUUAUGCUCCUAAACCAUGCAAUAUGGGUAUAUUUGGUAUGGGAAAGAUUUCAGGAGUCCAAAAAUGGCGACCAGAAUAUCCAUGAUGGCGGACUUAUGUUUAAAAUGGCUGCUUAAAAGUCAAGAUUGCGGCUUUUUUUAAGGAUUUGAGGCUUAAACAACAAAAACCAGAAAAAAGAAAAGAUUUCUAGUGUCAUGAAAUACAUUUUUGUUAAACAUAUGAAAGUUCGAAACGGAAAUCCACCAGAGAAUUUCUACGAAAUUUCGCCAGUAAUGCCUCUGGAAUUUUUGAAAGUAUUCCUUCAGGAACUCUUUCAUAGUUUCCUUUAAAAUGUCCUCUAGACCUCCUAGAACUUUCUAGAGAUGAUUCCAGGAAUUAAUUUGAGAACUCCAUUAUAAAGCCUUCUUUGGAGAUCUCCUGAAAAGGGUUCAGGGAAUGCUUUAGCAAUUUCUGCAGUUUUUUUUUUUCAGUGAGUCUUACACUGAUUCUUUCAAGAUUCUUUUAUAACAUCUUCCAUGGAUUCCUUAAUUCCUUUAGGAAUUUCCUCUAGAAACUUCUAAUAUUUUUUCCUAAGAAUUAAACUGAGUUUCCUCAGAAGUCCUCCAUUUCAAAAAUCUGUACGAGAAUUCGUUCUGAAAAUCAUCCAUGGAUUUCACCCAAAAAUAUAAUGAAUAGAAUUACUCAAGAAAUUGCGUCAAGAGUGCAUUCAGAGAAUAAGAAAUUACCCUAGAGAUUUCUUCGCUAAUGAUUUAUGAGAUACAUCAAUAAAUUUGUACAACCCAAGUUAAAAUGAAUGCUCAACCGUGAAAGUAUUAGCUGAUCAAUAGCUGGUUAAUGUUGUCAAUGGCUGAACACAAUGCCAGCUGAAUAUAGGUCUGAAGUAUGGCUUGUUCAACCUCUUUAAUCAGCAAUACAUAGAUGGCUGAAUAUCAAGUUGAAUAGAAUAUUACUCAUCUGGGUAAUCAGCUUUAAAACAUACACCAACAUGCAGAAAUAAUUAUCUGUUGUUCAACCUUUAAUCAAAUAGUUUUCGACAGCUGACCCAAGCAUGGUUUUCGUGAAGUCCACAUCGCUUCUUCAGUCUAAAUACAUACUUAGUUCAACUUAUGUUCUUGACUAUUCAGACACGACAAGUAAUGCUCUUGUUUUCGAGGAUUCGUAUACAAUUGUGAGUAGUGUAGGUGCUAAGGUGAGUGACUAUAAAUCAGGAGGUCCGAGUUCGAUUCGCAGUUUUCCCACAGAUUAAUUCAUACAUUCCCAAACAUCUCUUCUGGAAAUUGACGCAGCUAAUGGUACACAUAGACUCACGAAAGUGGUUAUAUUUUAGUUUUACACAAUUAAUAAAUUUAUUGAUUACUGAUUAAGCGCAUAGUAAGCCUUAAAUCAGCCUUCCAUUGAACCUCAAAUCAGCUAAAGGUUGAGUAAAAUCACCAAAAUUAGAUGUUUAGGAGCUGAAUAAAGGAUUAUGUACUUCUUGUGCUCAGCUUUUGUUCAAGUGAAAGCUGAUUUGAAAUAGUUGGAGAAGCGUUUAUACAGCGUCAAAUAUUUACCUGUGAAGGACUCUUUUAAGGCAUCUGCUAUGUUUUUUUUUUUUUCAAAAUUGCACCAUGGAUUCCAUUCAGUAAUUACUCCAGGAAUUCGGCCUUAAAAUUCAGCAAGAUUUCUUCCAAGAACUCCUUGAGCCGUUUCUUCAGAAAUAUUUCAGGUAUUUUUAAGAAUGUCUUCCGAUGCUUUCUUCAAAUAUCCAAGAAAUUUCCUUUUAGAACUCCUUUGGGUAGAUUUCCAUGAGUUCCGUAUAAAAUUCCACCAGAUAUUACUUUUUAAAUUUUUCUUGGGAUUUGUUUAAAAAAUCGUUGGAAAUUCCCUUGUUACUUCUUUCACGGAAAAUCUCGCACUUCUUCAUAAAUCAGUACAGGUUUGUUAAAAAAAACAUGUUCAAAAUUGACUUUACAGAUUCCAAUAAAAAUUGCUGCAGCGAUGUGUCCAGAAAUUUCUUUUGGGAAUCAUCCAUGAAAUUUUGCAGAAAUUCCUCCAGAGAAUCUUGCAAUAAUAUUUUCAGUAAUUCAGGCACCAAUUUCUUCAAGAUUUUCUUCAGAUAUUUCUUCAUGUAUUUCUAGAAAAAAACAUAAAAAAUCUCCUACAUUUCUUCUAAGGAUAACUUUAUAAUUUCCUCCACGAGUUCUCCAAGGAAUUAAUUUAGAAAUAUUUCCUUUGGAUGUUUUUACCCAAAAGUGUUUUUGAGGGAUUUAUACAGAAGCUAAUCUGGACAUUUCUCCAGAAAUUACUCUUAGAAAUACUUAAAUUUAUCCAGGAAUUCUUUCAGGAAAACCUUCUGAAAUUUUAUCAGAAGAUUUCUUCGAGAAUUUCCCCAAAAAAUGUUCAAUAAACUUUUUUCUAAGGAAUUCCACCAAUGAUACGGUUUCUCGUGAGGUUUCAACAUGAUUCCUUCAAGCAUUUCCCUGGCUUUUCUUAGGAAAUUUCUCCAGAGAUUCAUUCAAAAGUACUUCUUGAGAUAUCUACAAGCAUUCUACUGAAGAUUUCUUCUGAAAUUCCUGCCCGAACUCGUUCAAAAAUAUUUUUAGAAACUUUUCAGUAUUCUUAAAAAAAAACAAAUUUCAGAAAUACUUUUAAACUUCAAAAAAAAAUAAAUUCUGAUAAGGUUUCUUCGCAAAUUCUUCCAAAAGUUCCAAGGAUUUUUUUUGGAAAUCGCUCCUACGGUUCCAUCAGAAAUGUCUUCUGGGAUUCCAUUGGGGGUUCCUGCAAGAAUUGUUUCGGAUAUUCCACCAGGAAUUAUUUCCGAAAUUUUCCAAAAAUUGCACGAAAAAUUGCUGGAAUAAUACUUGAAAGAAUCUCUGAAGGAAUUCAUUGAAAGCUAUGCUUUUGAAGACUUCCUAAAACAGUUACUGAAAACUUUCUGGAUAGAUUAUUGGACAAAAAGUGCUAAACAAGUUAGCACUAAUUGACUUUCGGAAUGAACGCCUGAGAGAGUACCUGGAGAAGCUUCUUAGGAUACUUUCUUAAGUCCAAGGAAAAAAAUCUUGAGAAAUUUCUUAAGAGAUCCCCACGUAAUACCUAAUGAUAUCCGUAGAUGAAUUUCUGUAAAUAUCAUCUCAAAAUGUCUACAAAAAUGUCAGACAAAGGCAUUUGCUGAAUUCCUCAAAAAGUUUCUGAGGAUUUUCUGAUCUCUGUAGGAUUUUUUUUUUUAAGAAUUUGUAAACCAAAUUCUGAAGGGAUUAGUACACAAAAAUCUUCAAAGUAUUACCUGGAGAAAUUUCUGUAGAAAUCCAGCAGAAAGAAGAAAUUCUGGAUGAAUUCGUUAUAUAACCACAGACGAAAUAUUUGAGGACAAAAAAUGAACUAAUGAAGGAAUCUUUGAAAGAAUUCCAAGAAGAGCUGGAGAACCCUCUGCAAGUAUGCAUCAAAUAAUUUAUUGACAUUAUUUUUAUUUCUGAAGAAUGUCAAGGAAUACAUUAUUUUUUUCAUGAGGAAUUGCCGAGAGAAUCUUUGGAGAAAUCUCUGAGGCAUUACCGAAAAACAAACGUCAAAAGAAUCCCCUGAAGAAACGUCUCGCAAUUUCUGCAGGAGCAAUACCUGGAAGAGGAGCUUCUUUAGAAACUCUUGAAUGACUUUCAGAUGAAUCUAUUGAAAUUUUUUUCAAGAAUUGCCAAAUAAAUACCCGAGAGCAUAUUUGAUUGUAUAAUUAUAUCGAACGAAUCUUUGAAUAAAUUCCAACAAUAAUUUCUGAUAGAGUUCCUUGAAAACAAUUUGAGAUGUGCUUUCGAAAUUUAUAUAAGAACUCCGGAAGAAUUCCCAAAAAAAAAACUUCUUGAAGAAAAAUCUGGUAAUAUUUCGGGAGGAAUACCCUCAAAAAUGUUUGAAGAAAUACAUUCACGAGCUGAAGUAAUCUCCUGAAGAACCACCGAAGGAACCCCAGUAGGAUUUUUUUUUUAGAAUGCCGUGGGUUAGUUCUGAAAUGAAUCUUUUAAGGAAUCAUGUCAAAAACUGCUGAAGAAUAACCAAGGAAUAUUUCCGGAGAAAUUCCUCAAAUAAUUUCUGGAGAAAUGACUGGAGAAUUUUUCAAAUACAAGAAGAGUCAGUAUUCUAAUGGGAUACCGGGAGGAUUUUUUGAAACAAUUCCCUCUGAAUCCAAUUUAGGAAAUCCUCCAAGAAUCUUCUACAUAAACAAAAAAAAAGGUUGAAAAGCUCUGAAAGAAUUUCCAAAGGAAUCUCAACCCGUGUCUCUGGAGAUCAACGAGGAGAACGUUAUAAAGAAGUUCAUGGGAAGGAAUACAUUCUGAAAGAACUCUCAGGGUAAUCCCAAGCAGCACACAUGUUAUAUAUUAGUUACGUCAGCGCACGUUUUGGUUGUAUACAAGUUUAUUUGACGUUGUAAUGUAAGAAUUACGAAAAAUUAAAUUCUAUACAACCAAAACAUGCGAUGUCGUAGCUCUUAUAUAACAUGUGUAUUGCUUGGGAUCUUUAGAUGAAUUCUUACUGAACUCAUAAAAAGAAAUUCCUGCGAGAAUGCCCUUUUCACGAUAAUUAGAAAAAAAAGUGGUAAAAAAGUGAAAAACUAUCUCAUUGUUUUCAAGGAGGUGUUUCCCUGGAAUAAUUCUUUAUGAGGAACUAACUUUCAUGGGCACGUGCCUGCAUAGGGGCGCUGAAACUUGGAAAACUUGCGUAACCAGCUUUGAUUUUACCAUAACAGUACCGUUUUAAGAGCGAUCUUACAUCAAUUCAGCUUGUGCUUGAUUGACUAUCCGUAGGUGCUGCUCCAGUAUCGCCAGAUCAGCUACACUAACACAGGACACUAAGAUUAGACAGCUUAUUAGGACAGUGCUUGAGUGUUGGUGAUUUCCCAUUUCAGGCUAGAUAUGCGCUUACUCCUCUAUGGAGCCACCAUUCAUUUCCUUGAACACUAAACGUAGAUAUUCCUGAUGAUCAACACCUUUCUCUUCCUAGCUCACGAAACAGUUUCCUGAUGAAAACUUUCGAUACCUGUUGCGUAAGCUGGGAAGAGAAAGAGUUGUCAAUCACCAGCAACUUCAUACCAAAUGGUGUCUAUGGUGAACUCUUCAGCAGACGGGCGAUGGAAGUAAUCUCGUUGAUACGUGGAUGUCAGGCGCUAGUUUAUAUAUUGUGUGUUGAUCACUUUGCAGAUUAUUCGGCAUAGUUUACCGCUUGGAUUAUUUUUAGCUUGUGUUGAAAUUGAAAGGAGACAAACGGCUCAUUCUAACCGUCUCUUUUUUGGUAAAUGACUAUGAACAUUUGAAUAAAAGGACGAAAGUAGAUAACAAGAAAUAUAGUAGGAGAGAUGUGACGGGCCAUUCGCGAGAACAGAUCUUGCUCUUGGGCAUUUUAGAUAGGGCCAAGAGGGUUUCCAAGAAGUUCCCAGGGUGCCCAAAAAGGGGAUUCCAAGGGGCUUCAGGCACAUUUUAGGGGGUUAUUUCAGGGGAUUUCAGAAUCCUAUUGUGGGCGUUCCAUAAUGUCAUGUUUUGUCGGCAUUUUAAUGAUAUUUUGGGAUUUAGAGGCGUUUCAAUGGUACAUACUUAGAUAAAAUCACCGACUUCGGUAAUAUUUUACCGAAGUCUCAACCGUUAAGUUUUGUUUACCAAAAAAAUUCGGUAAGCUGGCAAUAUUUACCGAACUUCGUUGAAGUUUGACAUAUAAACGAUAACAUUUUACCGAAUUUUUGUAAUUUUUUACAGAAUUCCGGUAAAAUCAAUUACUGAAUGCUCAGCAGUGGAGAUUUCGAUUAAAAAUGCCGAACGUGAUUAGCUGUGUAUUAAGAGGGUUUCAUGGACAUUUAAAGGCACUUGCAAGACGAUUCUGGAGCCUUCAAAAAGCGUUACAUUGGGUUUCAGUAGGGAUGUAGUACCGGUAGUACCGGUACCGAAAAUACCGGUAUUACCGACCAAUUUUUGGUACCGAAAUACCGGUACUGACUGAACUCUGGUACCGGUACUUUCGGUAGCGCAAAAUGUCUCCCAAAGUGCUAAAAUCCUGUCAUUAGUAUAGCCAAUAUGCAAUGGAAAUAAAGGAAAACAUUUAAAACCAAGUACUUUGUCGAACAAAUAUUUCAUACAUGCAACUUUUCGAAAAAUCCAGGAUAUCAUAGCAAUGAUUGGUUUAAUUCAACGUCCAUUAAACCAAUCAUUGCUAUGAUAUUUGGUUUUGAUAUUUGAUUUGGGAAAUAGAUUUACUAGCUUAGAAUAAAACUUGUUAGAUUACGAUUUCUGGUUAUUUCUUAAGUUUUUUAGAAUUCGUUGAUAGCAUCAUCAAGGAAAAAUCAGUUAAUUUUUUUUCUGUCUUCACCUUGCAGCUAUCUAUCUAUCUGGUUUUGAUACAUGUAAGGAUGUUCCUGUUUUAUUUUAGACUAAUCAAGAUACUGCCUGUGAAACUGCGCAGAAGCUAAACAAUAGCUCCAAAAACAAUUUCAUACUACUCAUUUCUUUCGAUCAUUUUAUCUAUCUAUAUAUUUUUGUUGAAUUUAGUAUUUUCUGGUUAGCUUUUACGACAUCUCUGAAAACCGAAAUACAAAAAUGCCUAAUAAAUUGUAGAUAGAAUUGUAGAUUUCUGUGCAGACAGAUUAUUCUUCAUUUUACUGAAAAUUUUUCCAGUACCGGUAUUUUACCGGUACUACCGGUACUGUAAUCCCCAGUACCGAAAUACCGGUACUCAUCAAAAGUGGUCGGUACUGCGAUCCCUAGGUUUCAGGGACGUUUCAAGGCAUUUCAGAGAUUUCCAGAAGAUUUCAUAAACGUAUGAAGUGCGUUCCGAGCACCUCCAGGAACCCACUCGGAUCUCCUGAAACGCCCCUGAGUCACCCUGGAGCUCCCUGAAACUCCUUGAGACCCUCUGAGAUGCCUUUAAGAUCCUCUUAAACGUCCCAGUCCUCCCAGUAUUCCCACGAAACCCACCUGGAUUCUUAUUAUAACAACCCUGAAAUCUCUUGAUAUUCCCAGAAUGCCCGCUGGAACUCCAUGAGACGCCUUGAAGUGCCCCUAAGGACCCUUGGAAUACCUUCAGACUACCUGAAAUGCCUUUGAGAUCUCCUGAAGCGCCACAGAGGUCUCCUGGUACCCCGCUAAAACCCCUUGGACGACAUGGAAGCUAAUUGUGUUUCUUUUGGAGUAUAAAUCCUUACGUAAAAAACAAUCUUGGUAACCUCACAACGAUUACCGAUUAUGACAUUCUCUAUGAUUAGUGGUCUGUUAUGGCUCGAAACCUAAUACUACAAAGUAGCUUGUCUACACUAUUUGCUGCUGGCGCUAACUGGAACAGUUUAACUAAUAUGUAAACGAAAAUAGGAUUACCAACGUUUCGAUUCUGUGUUUGAGAUCUUCAUUAGGGCUCAAUAAGAAUCAAUUUGUUGGAAAUCUUGUUGAUUAAAUGGCAGAAUAUCAUUUUUUUCAGGGAUUCGUUCUACACUUAUUUACAAUACAACCCAGCACCCUGAUUGAAAUGGUGGGUUGGUGGUAAUUCAUUCUAUUCAAGUAGCAACACUUGGUAUUUUGUGAACAUUGGCAUUUUCCAGAUUAUUAAGGGCUCUUAGUUUUGUAUGAUAUUUUAUUGGCCAAUUCAUCAUUCUUAAUUUUUAUACGAACCAUCAAUGUUGUAUCUUUUUUUUUCAUUUUUCGCCUCACUAUCAACACUAAAAUGCGGGAACAUUUUGAGGAACAUCAGAAAAAUGUCUACUCUUUCUGAAGCCCAACAAGUGAAUAAAUCCACUUUGACCAUCUGAUAUCUAAUAUGUGGAAGUUUAAUCUCCAAACCAGUCCCUACGUACCAAAACCCCCUUCCGCAAAAGACACACAUCGAAUGAUCCCCAAUUCGCUUCAAAAGAUAUACAAAAUGCGACGAAUACGAAAACAUAACUACUUCGUAGUACGAGAGCCCAUUUAAGUAAGAACUUAAAUUGCAAAAAAAAAACUAUUCCUAAUAAGUGAAUAAAAAUGCAUAAUACAAAAUGUAAUGAAUUCCCCAAAACAUACAAGUAUAUUUAAAGAAAAAAAUACAAAGAAAAGACUGACUUAGUGCGACCGAAACAAAAAGUUAAAAAAAUGCUAAUAAUAACACAAAGUUAAAAACACUUAAAAAUCGUAGUUAGCAAGAGAAUAAAAAUUAACCUAUCGGUCAAUGGGUAUUUGAAUGAAUUUCGCGCAGCUGGCAGCCAACCGAAUGGGCCUACAACACUUGUGCAGCAUCAGGCAUCAGGUCAGAAGACAGACAAACAGACAGGUGAAUAGUGAGCAGAAUCACCCGAUGAAAAAUCGAAACAACAAAUCCAAAGCAACAAAAGCAAAUCGUCCCACAACACUUCACUUUAGCAAUAAAUUUCAAACUUAUCAGCAACUUUACUGUUAACGCCAGCAAGGAAACAAACGGUCCGACCGUGUCCGGUUGAACCGAUGUUUAAAAUUACAAAAAAAUAAGUGAAAUUAAACGGAAAUCAAUUUCGAUCUCAUAUCGUGUAUAUUCGUUGUGUUUUUCUGUUUUCGAAGUGCGGGUUCAGCAGGCGGAACGCGGUGCAACAAGGUUCAACUAUUGAAAGCAUUAUUUUAUAAGUGGAAUUUAGCGCUCUCUCCUUCUGUCUUGAUGGACGAACGGGCGGGGGUUAGUGGUGAUUGGUGGUGUGAUGUGACGCGCGUCGGCAACUGUCAGUUUGACAGAUGCCCGACAAGGCACGAGAUAAAUUACUCAAAACAAAGAAGCAAAACCUUCAAAACGAAUGGGCUCUCGUACUACGGAAAGGUUGCAGUUGAUAUACCCGAACAUGACAUACAGCAACUUGAUGCAAAACUGAUAACAAAAUGCAUCCACAAAAAUAAAAGAAAAUAUGAAAUCAACUUCUUAACAGAAGGAAUGUACAGUCAAAGAAACCACAGAGAGAGAAAGAAUAGGAGAAGAGAAAACAAAAGUCAGUGAGAAGGAAGUGGAAGCACACACACAGUCGAAACAACUAAACAACACAACUUGUUAAUAUCGCCGUCGAAUGGAAAUAUUUGUUAUUUAAAACAGAACAAAGAAGAACUAUUUAAAAACAACAAAACUGCUGCAAACAAGAAAAGCAAAACAGAAACAAAAGAAUAUUGCAGCCAACUGAGAAAAGCAGAUUAAGAAGAAGAGAGAAUGAGCACAGACGCAAGAUGGGCAAGCUGGAAAUAUAUAAACUAAUUUAGAUAUAAUAAAUAUAUUAAUAAAAUAAGAAAA